GAGCGCACCUCUCUGAAUGGCGAGCCAGUGGAGCUGAUCCGAUGGGACGAGGACCAGCAGGGUUGGGUCGUGCGGCGCCAGACGGAGCAGAGCAUUACCAGCUUAGUGUCCUUGAAGAAUUUGAUGCCUUACCCAGAGAAGGAGGAGCCGGCGAAGCCAAAGGAAAGAGAGUUUAGCCCCAUCAGCUUCCUGGCCACCAUCAUCGGCGCGCUGAUCCUUUUGGGCACGGCCGUCUCUGUGCUCGUGCCACUGGUCUCCGGCCUAUACAAGGACAUGACGGGUGAGUAUUUGGUGAGAUUAGACGUGCCUUCGCUGUACUGA